AUGGCCACUUCACACUCCCCCUCUCUCCUGAGCCUGGCAUCAUCGCCGCCAAUCUUCAUCCUUCCAACGCACUUGAAGCCAGAAGAGCUUCAUGACACCGAAGACCUGGUCGUUCAAGCGGGCGGCAAGCUGACAUAUGACACCAAAGAGGCAAGGAUAUUCAUAGGCAGAGUCGCCCAGAAGAAGCGCGCCGCGUUCGAUCUUCGGGCGAGGGGAGUGUGGACAGAAGAGGCAGCCUUGCCGGAGAGCAGCACCGACGGAGAAGCAGGUCAUGGACAGGCUGGAGCGGACGUUCCACCGAGGAAGAAACUUAAGCUUGCAGACCGGCGUUCGACAAGACAUGGACGGACCAACUCAAGCACAGUUUCACUCGCCUCGGAUAUCUCUGUAAAAGACGGUACGUCUCCACCGGCUCAAAUAUUCUGGCCCGAUCUUUCAACCCAUAUUCUCAUCCUCAAGCUCUCCUGGCUGGAAGCCUGUGUCAAGGAGGGACGUCUGCUUCCAUACCAACCUUACAUUGUCUAUGCUGCGAGAAUCGUCACCAAGCCUGCUGGGGAAGUCUCCCCAAAAGCCCAAGCACCGCUAUCAGUCUAUUCCAGAGUAGGUUCCGGAUCCCAAUCUCAAGGCACUACAGCACGAAGGGUAUCCAAACCGACCGUGACAACUUCCAUACUGGAACGCGCAAAAGCCGAAGCGGCAGCCCUACCCUCUUCAGCUCGCCGUCGCUUUGGUGAUCAUGGAUACCGCCAUGCUCCAUCACAGAUUGACGCCACCAAACACAUGCCACCUAAGCUUCAUCGCACCACAACAUCUGAACUUGAAUACCAGGCCGAACAUCCUCUGCCUCCUCUUCCCGAUUGGGCAGUCGGCCCAAACGCGGCCUACGCAUGCUGCCGCUCCACACCUAUGCAGACAGCCAACGAGGCCUUCAUUGCGCAGCUUACCAAGAUAAAAGAAGCCAGAGUACUGAGGCUAGAUGAUAUUGGUGUCCGCGCCUACUCGACCUCGAUUGCCUCAGUCGCCGCCUACCCACACCGCAUCCACCAUGUCGAAGAAAUCACGCGCCUACCAGGGUGUGAAACAAAAAUCGCAGCACUCUGGCGCGAAUGGCAAGACUCUGCUCCGCCGGAAGCCGACGACUCCGAAAGAUUCAUCCAAGGUGUCCGCGACCUGGACGCUGAUCAGGACCUCCAGCAUCUCCGACUGUUCUGGAACAUAUGGGGCGUCGGACCGGACACGGCGCGCAAGUUUUAUUUCGAGCACGGUUGGAGGGACAUCGACGACGUGGUGGAGUUUGGGUGGUCGACAUUGACACGCGUGCAGCAGAUCGGAGUCAAGUAUUACGACGAGUUCAUGGAGAAGAUCCCCAGGAGCGAGGUGGAGUCGAUCGGGGAGGUGAUCCUGCGGCACGCGCGAGCCGUUCUCGACACCCCGGAAGACAAGUUCGGUACGAAGGAGGAUGUGGAGCUCAUCAUCGUGGGAGGUUACCGACGCGGAAAGCAAUUCUCGGGAGACGUCGAUGUCAUUCUGUCCCAUCGGGACGAAUCCAAGACGCAGGAUCUCGUCGUGGAUGUGGUCCGGAGUCUCGAGACGGAGGGGUGGAUCACGCACACGCUGACGCUGCACACCACGACUAGUGAUCGUGGGCAGGCGACGCUGCCGUUCCGCGGGUCCACAAGCCACGGGCACGGGUUCGACAGCCUAGACAAGGCGCUGUGCGUGUGGCAGGAUCCCAACUACGAGGGCAAGGACGACGAUGACGACGCGGAAACCUCCACCAGCGGCACGAACAAGAAGAAAAAGAACCACAACAUCCACCGUCGCGUCGACAUCAUCGUCUCGGCCUGGCGCACCGUCGGCUGCGCCGUCCUCGGCUGGAGCGGCGGCACCACCUUCCAGCGCGACAUCCGCCGUUUCGUGCGCAAGACCCACGGCCUCAAGUUUGACUCGUCGGGCGUGCGCAACCGGGGCAACGGCUUGGUCCUCGACUUCGAGGCACCCCGGCCCAAGGGCGAGCGCCAGAAGGCCGCGCUGGAGAAGGUCCUGAUGGGCCGCACGCUGCGACGCGCCGACUACGACGCCGCGACCGAGUGGGAUGACCAGGACACCUGGGCCGAUCGCGAACGGAGGCUGAUGGACGGGCUGGGCAUCGGGUAUCGUCCGCCAGAGGAGAGAUGUACUGGGUGA